AUGACCCAAAAUACCGACUCUAAAUACUACCAGCAGGCCCUACAGGAGUACCAAGACAUGCGCAAGGGUGACGAGGACGUCUGGGAUACCAGGAUAGAUAAGACUGGCUGCUAUGUGGAGAACAUGGCGCUACAACUCUGUCACGCAGAGACGAACGACUGGAGACAGUGUCUGGGUGAGAUGGCAAAGUUUCGGACCUGUUGGGACGCCAAGGGCAACAAGGGCCGUGUCGCCACACUUGAUAGGGAAUAG